AUGGACCAGAAGCCGAUAGGAUCCAAGCCUGAGUACGAAUACUCUUCUUCCUUCAACGCCUACAACAUGAACGCUCCGGGAGCCGUCCCCGCGGUCCCGCCUUCCCUCUCCCCCGUCACUCCCCUCAACUCCGAGUUCCCCGCUACCUCUUCCACCCAGGAGGAGUACUAUGACCGCCGCCAGGGCCCCAACCCGCCGCCGCAGUCGUCGGAGAACUACACGUCCCCUGGUUUCUCGUCCCCGACUUCGACCGCCUCGAGGCGGUCUUCCGACCAGAACUACGACUCCAAGUCCCCUCUGGCUGGCAAGCCGGAGACUGAGGCCAUCAUCAUUCCUCCCAUUGUUCCCCCCUCCGUUCAGUGGCCGACGACCAACUUCGAGGACUGGGACGACCUCCCGGACAUCCUCCGCCAGGACCGCAAGGCCGACUUCACUCCUCGUCGCCCGAUGAACGUCUACUUCAUCUACAUGCGCGUUCGCCGAUCAGAGCUCGCACUCCACAACCCCCAGCUCCAGACUGGAGAGCUCUCCAAGAUCCUUGGUCGCGAGUGGAACAACAUGACCCCGGACCAGAAGGCUCCCUGGGCCGAGCUCGCUGACCGCCUCAUGCGCGCUUUCAAGAAGAAGUUCCCGGACUACCAGUACGAGCGUGGAGGAAGCCGCCGCAACGGUCGCCGACGUGGUGGACGAGGAGUCGGUGGAGCCUUCACGGUUGUUACGCCUCACAUGAUGGUGGAGAACGCCGCGCGCCGCGCCUCGGUUCCCAGCUACCAGCUCGCCCACCCCCGAUCAAUGCCCUACCCGGACCCCCAGUCGCACCAGCACCAGCAGUUCGGCUACCGGGACUUUGCCAACCCGGCCCAGUACCCCAUGCACCAGGGUGGUCUUGCGCCGCUCACCGCUGUUCCUCUUCACUACGCUCAAGGACAGUGGGCGCCGAUGGAGGCGGCUCCUCACCACGAGUACGCUCACCCGCCGCCGCCGCCCCCGCAUGCCGCGCAGCAGUACUACGCCCAGCCCUCGGAGGGACCAUCAUCGUACGCCAGCGCGUACCCUCCGCAGCAGCCGCAGUACUCGCACGCGCCCCACCCCCCGCCCUCGCACCAGUCUCAGCCUGCCAUGUACUCCCAACCUCAACAGUCGGAAGGUGGUGGCUGGGACGAGUACAUCGUCCAGUAA